CAGGAUUCGUGUGUUAUCAACUGUUCUGCAAAAUAUUUUGUCUUGCCAUUUGUUGCCUUGCCUGAUUUCUUUUCUCUUUUUCUCAGAUAUGUGUAUUCUGGAGCUCUACUUUUGUAAAUCAAGGUUCUGCUGGAGCAACUAAUAAAACUAUGCAGAAAGGGCAAUGGUAAUUGUGCAGGAAGGUCAUUGGCUGGUCAAUUUGGUUUCUGAGUAUCUCUUUUUGGAGAAAAUUUGGGCCAAGGAUGAAAGCACAUUAAAGUCAUGCCUCCAACGGCUGAGUGAUUUCCCGCUUCCAUUUUGGUUGGCUCUAUUUGUAGAAGGAACACGCUUUACACAGGCCAAACUCUUAGUUGCACAGGAAUAUGCAACCUCCACUGGAUUGCCUGUUCCGAGAAAUGUUUUGAUUCCUACAACUAAGAAUUGCUGGACGUCAAUGGCACCUAAAUAACCUGAAAACAAUAAGGACCCUUCGAUGGUGUGGGUUGAUCCGGUGAUAGUUGAUUUGGUGGUUGUGGCUCGGUGGUGAUGGGAAGAGAGGAAGUGGUGGCGGCGCUGAGUGGAGGAGGUUGCGGCGCGAUUAGGGAGAAUGAGGUGGUGGCCGCGCGACUUAGAGUUUUGGGAGAAGAAGGAGAGAGAGAGAGAGAGCUGAGUGUUUCUGUACCGGUUGUUAGGGUUCUCUGUUGGUGUAUGUUUUAUAAUUAUAUGGGUUCUGAAAACCCUAAAACUUUGGCAGCAAAAUUAAUUGCUUUAUGUAAUUUUCUCUACUAUU